AUGAGUGAAGAGCAACAACAACAACAACACUUGGACAGAAUAUCUGUUAUUGCCAGUCAUUUGGUAUCAGGUGGCGCACAGCAACAUAAGGCAGAUGUGUCAUCAGCAUUCGAUUAUUAUCAUCUUGAUGAUUUGCUCAAUGAUUCACAACGCCAAACAAGGGAACAAGCAAAGACAUUCGCCAGAGAUCAUCUAUUACCAAUUGUCAAUGAAUACUAUGAGAAAGCAGAGUUCCCAAUGCAUGUCAUCCCCUUGCUGGCUAAACUGAACUGGGCAGGCUCAAGCAUCAAGGGAUAUGGAUGUCCUGGAUUGGACGCUGUGUCAAGUGGAUUGAUAUCAAUGGAGUUGGCCAAAGCUAGUACUGAUAUUGCUGUGUUCUUUAGUAUACUUCAGACGAUUGCAAUGCUGCCGAUAUCGGUCUGUGGCUCGGAGGAACAGAAGCAAAGAUACUUACCGGGUAUGGCCGCAAUGAACUUGAUUGGUUGUUUCUCAUUGACCGAGCCAAUGGCUGGCAGUGAUGCUGCCGGACUCUUCUGUCAGGCCAGACAGUUGUCCAAUGGAGCAUGGUUGUUGAAUGGUGAGAAGAGAUGGAUUGGUAGUGCACCGAUGGCCGAUGUCAACAUCAUCUGGGCGAGGAAUGUUGACAACAAUCAGAUACAUGGAUUCAUCAUUGACAAAGGUACCGAUGGAAUGACCGUGGAAACGAUCAAGAACAAGAUAGCACUACGAUCUGUUCAAAAUGGACACAUCUACUUAAAUGAUUGUUUGGUGCAAGAGGCGAAUAGACUGCCGCUGGCAAAGGACUUUGCUACGGGCCCUGGAAAGUGUUUGUUCUUGACAAGGAUCAUAGCGAGCUGGAUCGCACUGGGCAUUGCCAUUGGUGCGUAUGAGAGUUGUCUACAGUAUGUCAAGAGGAGAAAGCAGUUUGGCUCACCACUGGCACGCUACCAACUGGUUCAAGACAAGUUGGUCAGAAUGCUUGGCAAUAUCCAGGCCAUGGCCAUGAUGACCAUGCGUGUAUCACAGCUCUACGACAAGUCACAGCUGACCUAUGGACAGGUUGGAUUGCUAAAGGCACACAACACCUCACGUGGACGCGAGGUUGUAUCAAUGGCUCGCGAGCUAGUCGGAGGCAAUGGAAUCGUCACAGACUAUGGCGUGGCCAGGAGCUUCGUCGACAUGGAGGCCGUUCACACAUUCGAAGGCACCUACGAGAUCAAUGCUCUGAUCGCUGGAAGAGAGAUCACUGGACACUCUGCCUUCAAGAGCUAA